AUGACCAUCCUUAUCACCGGCGCAGCGGGCAGAACGUCAGGCUAUGUGAUCCGUGCGAUCCUCCAGGUCACUUCCUUCAGCGAGUCGCACAUCCGCCUUCUCGUGCACUCGCAGGACACCAUCCAGCAGCUUCGCGCACACUACCCCCAGCUACCACCAUCUGCGAUCGUCACCGGAGACUACCUUGAAGCAAGCACGCUCCCGCCCGUCUUCGAGGGCGUGGACGUCGUUUUCUACAACGCGCCCGCGUUCCACCCCCAAGAGACCGCGAUGGGCAUAGCAGUCAUCGACGCAGCCAAGGCCGCGGGCGUGAAGCACUUCGUUUAUUGCAGCGUGCUCUUCCCUAUCCUCACUAAGCUCCUGAACCACAAGGUCAAGUGCCGCGUCGAGGAAUACCUGAUCGAGUCUCGUCUGAACUACACCAUCCUUGAGCCGACUCACUUUAUGCAGAAUGUCGAUCUCAAACACGUCCAAGAGACCGGGUUACUGCCGGCGGAGUACUCUCCGGAUGUUCUGCAGGGUUACCUCGACCUGCCCGAUCUUGCCGCCGUCGCACGAACGAUCCUCCUCGACCCAGCACCACACAACCGCGCGCGUUACGAGCUAGUCGGCCAGAACUGCACGUUCGAGGAUGUCGCGAAGGAAAUAUCCAAACACACGGGCAAAAAGAUCAUCUGCACGCCCAUCGCUCGGGAAGCGAUUGUGAGCACAGUGAAGUACGGCCAGUAUGCGCAGGAGGCGCUCGACAGGAUGUUGUAUUAUUACGACACGAGGGGCAUUCCGGGGAACAACAAUGUAUUGCACUGGCUGUUGGGCCAUGAGCCGACAACGUGGGCAGCUCUGUUACGCCGCGACCUCAAACAUAACGUGUAG